AUGUCAAAGCCAACCGCCAAUUGGGAAAAGGUCGGCGACAAGUUCUACCGCAAGGUGCAGCUGUACACGGCCGUCUUUGAUCAGGACCUGGAGCUCGAGAAGUACAAUGUGGUGGGGGCUCCAUACAGCGGUGCUGUAGCCAUCUACCGCGAUGAGGAGAAGCUGCACACAUAUCGCGGGCCCGGCGUGUCCAAGUCCAGCAUCGACAUGUACAGCUGCGCAGGCAAGCUGAUUCGAAGCAUCACGUGGGAUAAGGGCACCAUCAAGGGCUUGGGUUGGUCCGAGGACGAAAAGCUACUUGUCGUCACCGCCGACGGCACUGUGCGCUGCUACUACGACCUUCAGGGCGACUUUGUCCCCUUCACGCUGGGCCACGACUCUGACGUGCACGGCGUCGUGUCAUGCAAGUUCUACGGUACAGGCUUCGUUGCGCUGCUGGGGAACAACCAUCUCAUCUCGGUGGCUUCGUACACGGAGCCGCGCCCAAAGCUCCUCGCUAUCCCGCCCUCGGAGCCUGUCGUGUCGUGGAGCAUUAUACCACCUGCCUAUUCGCUCUCACGCUCCGUUGAGGUCAUACUCGCCAUUGGGCAUACGCUAUAUGUCGUCGAUGCGACUGAGGCUGAGGAUCGCAAUUUCGACGCGGGACCCUUCCAACACAUCAGCGUCAGCCCCCGGGGCGAGUUCCUUGCUUUCUACACCGAGGACGGCAAGGUGUGGGUGGUAAGCGGGGACUGGAGUGAGAAGCUCAGCGAGUACGACAGCAAAGUCCAGACGGUGCCAAAGGACAUGCAGUGGUGUGGAUCCAACGCUGUUGCCCUGGCCUGGGAAGACGAAGUGCACCUGAUUGGACCCAGGAGCGCAGCCACCAAGUUCUACUACGAUGCAUGGGUUCACCUUCUACCAGAUGUUGAUGGUAUAAGGCUAUUGACAAAUGACGUUUGCGAAUUCAUUCAGAAAGUACCUGAUGAGACAGUCGACGUCUUCCGUUUGGGAUCUGAUUCUCCUGCAGCAAACCUUCUGGAAGCGUCUUCUCUGCUAGAGCAGAAGAGUCCGAAAGCAGAUGAUCUCAUCCAGCUCAUUCGACCCAGCUUGGCAGAGGCCGUGGAUACGUGUAUCAAGGCGGCAGCACACGAGUACAAUAUACACUGGCAAAAGGCCCUUCUCAGAGCCGCCUCUUACGGAAAAUCAGUGCUUGACCUGUACUCUUCUGACGACUUUGUCGAUACUUGCGACACACUACGCGUUCUCAAUGCUGUGCGAUUUUAUGAGAUUGGCCUGCCACUCAGCUACGACCAGUAUCGUCGCAUGACGCCCGAGAAACUCAUCGAACGCCUCACAAAUCGUAGUGAAUACCUUCUCGCAUUGCGAAUAGCAGAUUAUCUGCACCUACCAGCAAGCCAUAUACAUGGCCACUGGGCGCAGCAAAAAGUGCGCGUCUCUACAGAUCCCGAGGAAGAAAUCUGCAAACUCAUAGUAAAGAAAUUGCAUGGCAAGCCCGGCGUGUCAUUCGAGGAAAUAGCACGAGCAGCUUACGAUGAAGGGCGUGUUCGUCUUGCAACCUCGCUUUUGAACUAUGAGCCUCGGGCAGGAAAGCAAGUUCCCUUGCUGUUAAGUAUGAAGGAAGAUACCAUCGCCCUUGAUAAAGCCAUAGAGUCCGGUGACACAGAUCUCAUUUUUCACGUCCUUUUACACCUCCGCAAGGAAGUUCCUUUGGCGUCCUUCUUCCGUGUCAUCAAUAGUCGACCCGUCGCUACCGCGCUCGUCGAGUCCUCAGCGUGGGAGCAAGAUCGUGAACUACUGAAGGAUUUAUACUAUCAGGACGAUAGAAGGUUGGACGGGUCAAAUCUUCUCUUAUCUGAAGCGCUGGCACAAAAAGACCUAGUUGGUUCCUUGGAUAAGCUGAAGCUCGGAUCCAAGUAUCUACAAGACUCUCGCGAUACUGCUGCAACAUUUCAACGCAGCGCCAUCGACGAUGCAGCAAAACUUCUUCGACUGCAGGAGACCUUUGAAAAGGAACUCAAUGCCGCCGAAGGUGCUGCGACAUCUUCCUUCAUCGGCCUUAGUACCCACGAAACCAUCUUCCAACUCAUCCGCCAAGGCCGUUUCAAAAGAGCACAGAAAGUUCAAUCCGAGUUCAAAAUUACCGACAAGACAUACACAUGGUUGCGCCUCCGUGCACUGGUGUCUGCACGCCAUUGGACUGAACUUGAAUCCAUUGCAUCACAGAAGAAGAGUGCAAUUGGAUGGGAGCCGUUCUUCAAUGAAAUCCUUGCAGCAGGCAAUACGCGGGUUGCAUCUGUUUUCAUACCAAAAUGUACGACGUUGGUUGUUGCGGAAAGGGUGGAUAUGUGGGUAAAGUGUGGUUUACUUGUCAAGGCUGGUGAAGAAGCUUAUAAGGCGAAGGAUAGAGUUCUGUUGGACGAAUUGAGGGCUAAGGCUAGUGGGAGUGCCGCGGUGGAAAUUGAAAGGUUUUUGGGAAUGCUGGGGAGUGGGAGGAAAUAAGUAGAAAUAAUGCAAUAUGAUCAGAUUCGCGC